CACAACCACACACAGUUCUCGCAAGAAGCUCAAUCCGAUCACUCCAGUAGUUCCCCCCAUCAGUCAAUACAGACCAAACUCUUUCAAAAUGUUCAAGUUGGUGGUAUUGUCUGCUCUCCUCGCCGUAGCUGCUGCCCGUCCCGGUCACCUGCUGGAGUCCUCCCCCGUGGUGUACGCCGCCCCGGCCACCACAACCAUCGUGCAGGAGCCCUACCUGGCCAAGGUUGGUGCCGUGGUAAAGAGCAUUCCCACCUCCGUCUCCCACCAGAGCCAGUCGGUGGUGCACAGCUCUGCCCACGUCGUCCAGGAUGUUGUCGCUCCCGUGGUCAAGACCUAUGCCGCUCCCGUUGUCUACCAGACGACCUACGCCGCUGCCGCCCCUGUGGUGCACACCAGCUACGCGGCUGCUGCUCCCGUUGUGGCCAGCCACUACUCUGCAGUGGCCGCCUCCUCGCCGCUGACCUACACCGCCACUGGUGUGUGGCGAAUCACACUCCAAGUCCAUCUCUUCUGCACCACAGACACAAGUCCCCAAAGAAGCCACUCCAAAAUGUUCAAAUUGUUCGUUCUCGCUGCUCUGCUGGCCGUUGCCGCCGCCAAGCCGGGCAAUCUGGCUGCCGCUCCCCUCGUCUACAGCGCCCCAGCCACGACCAUCGUCCAGGAGUCGUCGCUGGCCAAGGUCGGAGCCGUGGUGAAGAGCGUGCCCACCGCCGUCUCCCACCAGAGCCUCACCCAGGUGCACAGCACCCCGGUGGUGGAGGAUGUGGUGGCCCCAGUCGUGCGGACCACCGCCGUCCACUCCGCUCCCCUUGUGGCUGCCGCGCCCAUCGUCAAGACUGUGGCUGCUCCCGUCGCCUACUCCGCACCGCUGACAUACUCCGCACCUGUGGCCUACUCCUCUCCUCUGGCCUACGCCCAUCCCGUGGCCUACUCCUCCCCCCUGGCCUAUGCCGCUGCGCCCGUCCAGUACCACGCUCCCCUCACCUACGCCGCCCACGCCUGGUAAAAGGUGCGAAAGAACGAAAGAACGAAAGAACGAAAGAUUUUGAACAGUUCCUUGUUGCUGACUUGUGUCUCCCUCGAAAGAAAUAAACAAAUCAAUUCCAA